AUGGAUGGGUGGAUGGAGAGGAGUGAGGCUGACGCUGAGGUGAUGAUUCUGCAGGCUGUGCUGGAAGGGGUGGGUGACGGUGUUGAGCUUGGCAGAGUGGUGGCGGAGUCUGGAGAAGAGGAGGUGGGGAAGCGUGGAGAAGAGGAGGUGGGGGAGCGUGGAGAAGAGGAGGUGGGGGAGCGUGGAGAAGAGGAGGUGGGGGAGCGUGGAGAGGAGGAGGUGAGGGGGCGUGGAGCGGAGGAAGGGGGGGAGCGUGGAGAGGACGUGAGGACGGGGUGCGGAAACGAGGUGGUGUGGGGGUGUGGAGAGGAGGUGGUGUGGGGGUGUGGAGAGGAGGUGGAGGUGUGGUAUGAAGCAGAGGCGGAGGUGGGGUGUGGAGAGGAGGAGGUGGGGGAUCGUGGAGAGGAGGUGGUGGGGGAUCGUGGAGAGGAGGAGGUGGGGGAUCGUGGAGAGGAGGUGGUGGGGGAUCGUGGAGAGGAGGUGGUGGGGGAUCGUGGAGAGGAGGUGGUGGGGGAUCGUGGAGAGGAGGUGGUGGGGGAUCGUGGAGAGGAGGUGGUGGGGGAUCGUGGAGAGGAGGUGGUGGGGGAUCGUGGAGAGGAGGUGGUGGGGGAUCAUGGAGAGGAGGAGGUGGGGGAUCGUGGAGAGGAGGUGGUGGGGGAUCGUGGAGAGGAGGUGGUGGGGGAUCGUAGAGAGGAGGUGGUGGUGGGCACCCCUGCACGUGCUUAUGCUGCUGCACCUGCUGCCACUGCUGUUUGUGGUUGGGCAGGCACGUUUGCAGGAGCAUCAGCAAAAGUAACGAUACUGCUGGAACUGCCUGAGGAGGCAGUUUUGAGCACCCCUGCACGUGUUGCUGCUGCGCCUGCUGCUGCUACUGGAGGUGGUUGGGAUGUGGCAGGCACGUCUGCAGGAGCAUCAGCAGGAGCAUUAGCAAGAGCAUCAGCAGGAGCAUCAACAGGAGCAUCGGCAGGAGCAUCAGCAGGAGCAUCAGCAGGAGGAGCGAUCCUGCUGGAGUUGCCUGAGGAGGAGGCAGUUGUUGUGAGCACGCCUGCACGUGCUGCUGCUGCUGCUACUGGAGGUGGUUGGGAUGUGGGAUGCACGCCUGCAGGAGCAUCAGCAGGAGUGCCAGUGGUAGACCUGACCUUGGAGGCGACUCCAGGGCCAGCAGCAGCAUCACCAGGAGUGAUAGUGCUAGAGCUGACUGAAGAGGAGGCGCGGAUGUGGAACCAGCAGCAGGUGAAGAACGUGGGUUUACUGUGGCCCAAAAGCUGGGUUCUUUGCGAGUCUAAAAGUCUCUCCCAUGCUCUCUCCCUUGCUCUCUCCCUUCCUCUCUCCCUUGCUUUCGCCCAUGUUCUCUCCUCUGCUCUCUCCCUUGCUCUCUUCCGUGCUCUCCCCCAUGCCUUUUCCCAUGCUCUCUCCUCCUGCUACCAUCAGAAGCAUAAGAGGCAACGCAAGACUCGUCAGCGCACUCACGAGAAUGACAUCUGGGACCGGCCCGACCCAUCUGCCCCCCCCUCCUUCCCCUUUAUAAUCAUAAUACUGGAGUGUUGUUUCUUCUUUCCUUAUUUACUUGCUACAUCACACUUUCUACCCACACCUCCUGCCUUCUCCACCAUUCCUUAUUUCAUCCGCUCUCCUCUCCACUGUCACCCCUCUAAACCUCUCGUUUAUGAGGAGAUGGAGCGAUUGCAGGUGGACCUGGCAGUGCAGACAAGCGUGGUCGACCUGAGAGAGCAGGAGGAGCUGGCGCGUGCACAUAUGAUUAUGCAGCUCCACGUGAGAAAUGAGCUGCGAAUUCUCAUCAGUCGUGUUCAACACCUGGCGGGCACGCAGCAGGAGGUGGAGAACAAAGACGGCAGGCUGCAGCGGCUGGUGGGGCAGCACAGGGUGAUGGAGCACUUUCGAUUGUCCUAUAAGUCAAAGGGUAAACAACGCAUGGAAGACCAGGCUCUCUUAGCCGACGUGGGCUGUUCCCAUGCAGCUCUCCACGAGCAGCCGCAGCUGCAACAGCAGGAGCAGGAGCAGCUGGAGCAGCAGCAGGAGCAGGAGAAGCAGCAGGAGCAGGAGCAGCAGCUGCAGCAGCCGCAGUAG